AUGCCAGGCUACGCAGGCAGCAGCAGGCAUGGAGGAGGGGCCACUCCCGACCCAGAGUUUGUGGACGUGGACCAGGGCAUGACGCUGGCCUGUGUGGCCUUCCUCUGCCUUCUCCUGGUGGCCAUGAUCAUCCGCUGUGCCCGGGUCAUCAUGGACCCCUACAGCGCUAUACCCACCUCCACCUGGGAAGAGCAGCACCUGGAUGACUAACGGGGAACAAGCUGUGCUGUUACACAUAUAGCCACACCUGUGAGGGUGCAGACGCACAGGCACGUAGGGACAUGCACAUGAACAGCAAGCGUGGGUAAACACGCAUACGCACAAAAGAAAGGAGACGAGAAGAGAGGACAGCUUGACCAGAGAGGAGAGUAGAAGAGAGGAGAAGAGAGGAGAGCUUGACCAGAGAGGAGAAGAGAGGAGAGCUUGACCAGAGAGGAGAGUAGAAGAGAGGAGA